AUCUGGUGCGUGAACUGAUAUCUGUGAAACGUUUCAAAGGCAGUCAGUUGAAAACAUGAAACUAAUUACACUUUUGUUUUUAAUACUGUUAACAAUAUCAAAUAUUUAUGAAUCAGCUAAUGCACUGCAAAUGUAUGUCCAUGAAAAUCAGUGUAUUUCUGAUUUACAGCAGUUAAUGGAUGAAUGUGGAGAUGAAUACUUUUCAAAAUUUUAUGCAAGAGAACGUUACAAGAGACGUGAUCGAUUUCGGGGUUGAAUAGAACACAUUUGAUAUUGAAAUGCAUAUUUAUGAUAAUCAAUUCGGAUAACACAAUCUUUCACAAAUUUUAUUAGAUAUUACGUAAUACAGUUUGUGAAUAUAAAUAGUUACAUUAAUUGAAAAAAUACACAUGAAAAGUUUGAUUUCAA